GCUGCGAGAUGACUCAUUCUGGAGCGAUCCACGGAAGGGAGAGCACGCACGUUUGUCUCCCUGCACUAACCCUUCACCUAAGUGCCUGAGGUGUGGAAGCCGUGCCAUUACGUGCACGUGGGUGUUAGGAACGUAGUGAGUCACGCUAUGGAGGCAAGCAUGUACGAGGACGGCUCCUACAACAACUAUACACGGGAGAGUGUGUCCCAGAUCAAAAGACGACUCACACUGGAUUUAACAAGUCGUACUAACAAGAGACAGAGAGGGACUGCUACUACCACCGCUAACUUCAACCCGCUCCUAACUUCCCCGGAUUUGAACCAGCUGAAACUCGCCUCCCCGGAGUUAGAGAGGAUCAUCAUGCAGCAAAGCGGGACAGCCAUUCUAGGGAGCGGUACAGCGGCCAUAACAGCAGCGCCAGCCACCACCACCACCACCACGACCUCCUCACAGCAAUUCUUCUUCAAAACAACGACUUUGGAGGGAGAAUUUGUGAAAGGGUUCGAGGACAGCCUGGAACAACUGCACCAUCAGGACUCGCUACACUCCAACCUCCAGUACACACAAUUAGAGGUCCCAGUCACGGCUGCACAGAAUCUGCCUCUCCCGCCGCAGAUUAAGGAGGAGCCGCAGACAGUACCUAGCGUGGGAUCACCUCCUCUCUCACCAAUCAACAUGGAGUGCCAGGAACGUAUUAAACUGGAACGGAAGCGCCUACGUAACAGAAUAGCAGCCUCCAAGUGUCGGCGUAGGAAAUUAGAGAGGAUCAGCCGUCUGGAGGAUAAGGUUCGGAUCCUGAAGGGUGAAAAUGUGGAAUUACAGAAUGUGGUGAACAGACUACGUGACCAAGUGUGUUCUCUCAAGCAGGAGGUUAUGGAUCAUGUCAAUUCAGGGUGUCAGAUCCCCUUCGUCACAACCAACCAGUGACGUGACCUGUGUGACCUCGUGCUGACCUCAGUGACGUGAUGGUGGUGUCGGUGGUGGUGGUGGUGGUGGUGGUGUCAAGGGCGGCAUCUCUGCGUCCCUAUCACCCCUAGUGCCCUGACCUAAUCUUAUAUGACCUAGUGACCUUACCUGACCUUACCUAAAGACACGAGGCACCUUUGAACUCUGACCUUUAAGCCACGCCCCCCUCCCAAAAAUGCCCCUCCCCCCACCCCCCUCUAGAUAUACAAGGGGGGUUCUAGUCAAGAGGGGGGCGCUGAUCCUUUGAAAAAAAAAAAACAUUCAUACCUCCCCCUCCUCCUCCUCCUCCUCUUACUCCUCCUCCCCCGCUGUGAUAGUGCCGCGCGCUCGCGUACACACACAUACACAGAAGUGGUGAAACAUGUAUGUGCGUGUGUAUGCUUUGAAAUACACGCACACAUACGUACACAGUGAUGCAAACACACACACACACGAAUGGUGAAAUUGUUGUAUAUAUGUGCGUGUGUGUACGUGGAAAAGUACACACGUGUAUACAUGUGAUGCAAACACACACACACACACACACACACACAAGUGAUUAUGUACAUAUGUGCGUGUGUACGUGCCUAAAACACACACAUAUACAAUCUUAUGCAAAAACACACACACACACACACACUUUUUUUAUAGAUCAAUGUGUCUGUCUGUCUGUAUGUAUGUACUAUGUAUAAUAUAUAUAGUUAUGAUGUAUAUUUUAUAUGCAACAGAAUACAACAAAGAAAGGAGAUAGAGAAAUAUAUUAAAAAAAAAUUAAUAAUAGCAGAAAUAUAAGUGAUUUUUCUUAUGCAAUGUUGUCAAGCCAAUCAUUCUUUUGUAUUGCAAGUUUUUUUUUUAUUUAUAUAUAAAUAAAAAAAAAAAGAAAGAAA